UAAAGUGAAAAGUGAAUCAAAAUUUAUCAUUAUAUGUAGUUACAAAAUUUCCAACAAAAAAAUAUUACAGUGACAAAAGCUUUAAUAUACAAGUUACAACUAAAUCUUAUAAAUCUUUAGUGAUUAAAGUUUUCUCUUCAAAAUAAAAACCAAGUGAGAAAAGAUUAUUUAUUGUCAUUUGGUAUUUGGUAAUAACUAACGAUAAAAGUGAAAAGAGAUACACAUAAUUUAUUAAGUGUUAAUAAUGGGUCAAGAGGAUCAAGAAUUUUUAAUACCGGAGCAUAAAAAAGGUACAACAACCUCUGUGGAAAGUCUACAUAAUACUCCUGGCACACUCGAAGCAUCGGCCAUCAAUAGUGGAUUUAGCAAAAGUUAUGGUUCUUUGACCUCCAAUGAAUCGGCAUCCGAAAAACUGACAUACUCCUGGUGUAAUCUAGAUGUAUUUGGUGAAGUUCAUCAGCCCGGAUCGAAUUGGAAGCAGCUGGUAAAUCGAGUCAAGGGAGUAUUUUGCAAUGAAAGACAUAUACCCAAGCCGCGUAAACACUUGAUCAAGAAUGUUUGUGGCGUGGCCUAUCCCGGAGAACUGUUAGCCGUUAUGGGUAGUUCGGGAGCGGGUAAAACCACUCUACUGAAUGCCUUAGCCUUUCGUUCGGCACGAGGAGUGCAAAUUUCCCCUUCCAGUGUACGCAUGCUAAAUGGUCAUCCCGUGGAUGCCAAAGAAAUGCAAGCCCGCUGUGCCUAUGUCCAACAGGAUGAUUUAUUCAUAGGCUCUCUUACGGCUCGGGAACAUUUGAUAUUUCAGGCCACUGUUCGUAUGCCACGUUCGAUGACACAAAAACAGAAAAUCCAAAGAGUGGAUCAAGUUAUACAGGAUUUAUCACUGGGUAAAUGCCAAAAUACCAUAAUUGGGGUACCCGGUCGCGUUAAGGGUCUCUCUGGAGGCGAGCGUAAACGUUUAGCUUUCGCCUCAGAGGCCCUUACCGAUCCACCGCUAUUGAUUUGUGAUGAACCCACUUCCGGUUUGGAUUCGUUUAUGGCCGCCAGUGUGGUUCAGGUGUUGAAGAAGCUGUCACAGCGUGGUAAAACUGUUAUACUAACCAUACAUCAGCCUUCAUCGGAACUGUUUGAACUGUUCGAUAAGAUUUUGUUAAUGGCCGAGGGUAGAGUUGCUUUCUUGGGCACGCCCACUGAGGCGGUGGACUUUUUUUCAUUCAUUGGCGCCCAGUGUCCUAAUAAUUAUAAUCCAGCUGAUUUCUAUGUUCAAGUCUUGGCUGUUGUACCCGGACGAGAGCUGGAGUCACGUGAUCGUAUUUCAAAAAUAUGCGACAAUUUUGCGGUGGGCAAAGUUUCUCGUGAAAUGGAACAGAAUUUCCAAAAGAUUGCUGCCAAGUCGGAUGGUUUUCAGAAGAACGAUGAAAAUGGCAUAAGUUACAAGGCUUCUUGGCUUACCCAGUUUCGAGCGAUUAUGUGGCGUUCUUGGAUUUCCACUUUAAAGGAACCGUUGCUGGUUAAAGUGCGCUUGAUACAAACUACGAUGGUUGCUGUUUUAAUCGGUUUAAUAUUCUUGAACCAGCCCAUGACCCAGGUGGGUGUAAUGAACAUCAAUGGCGCCAUAUUUCUAUUUCUCACCAAUAUGACUUUUCAAAAUGUUUUCGCUGUAAUCAAUGUCUUCACCUCUGAAUUGCCGGUAUUUAUGCGUGAAACACGCAGUCGCCUUUACCGUUGUGAUACCUAUUUUCUGGGCAAAACUAUAGCCGAAUUGCCGUUGUUCUUAGUGGUACCGUUUCUCUUUACCGCCAUCGCCUAUCCCAUGAUAGGUCUAAGACCCGGCAUACUUCAUUUCCUUAGCGCCUUGGCUUUGGUCACUUUGGUGGCCAAUGUUUCUACUUCAUUCGGUUAUUUGAUUUCUUGUGCCAGUACUUCCACUUCGAUGGCUUUAUCGGUGGGUCCUCCCGUUACUAUACCCUUUCUUUUGUUUGGUGGUUUCUUCUUGAAUUCCGGUUCAGUGCCUGUGUACUUCAAAUGGCUGUCGUAUUUCUCUUGGUUCCGUUAUGCCAACGAGGGCUUGCUAAUCAAUCAAUGGGCCGAUGUACAGCCGGGUGAAAUUACCUGCACCUCCAAAAAUACCACCUGUCCCAAUUCUGGUAAAGUUAUUUUGGAGACUUUGAGCUUUUCUGAGACGAAUUUACCAUUUGAUUAUAUGGGUUUGAUAUUGUUGAUUCUAAUAUUUCGUAUUGCUGCCUAUGUGGCUUUGAAGAUGCGCACCAAACGUAAGGAAUAGGGAGUGGGGCGAGAGCUGCUUACAUAUUUUAGAUUUAAGACAAUUUAACACAUAUUAUUGUAAAUAAAAGAAUGAUUUAAACAAUACAA